CAAGCGGCGAGUCGCCCGCCACGACCGCGCUCCGUGCCGAGUUCACUUAUUAUUUUGCCCUUUUUAGUUGCGUUUUAAAUGCUCGCAGCGAGCAAAGCAAGACGAUUUAUAAUCGAUUAGGGACGAGGCAAAUCGUCAUGAGUGCCGUCGUGCGCCGUUCGCUGUUCGACGCGCGUCGUCUCUAUCGCCGACAUCUCCGAGGCCUAGGUCUUUUGGAAACGCGGAAGGACGUCGAGAGAUUUUCAUCCACUCAUCCAGAGAGUGGCGUGGAGGUGACGCCGAUGCUGAAGCAUUUGGUGUCUAAAAUCAAGGCCACUGGACCCAUAUCGACAGCGGAAUACAUGCGAGAGGUUCUGACCAACCCCGCAAAGGGAUACUAUAUCCACCACGACAUGCUUGGAGAGCGUGGCGAUUUUGUUACAUCCCCAGAGAUCAGCCAGAUAUUUGGAGAGCUGGUGGCAGUGUGGUGCGUGAGCGAGUGGGUGGCUGCUGGGAAGCCCCCUUCUCUUCGUCUGGUGGAGCUGGGCCCAGGACGUGGCAGCCUGGCCAGUGAUGUGCUCCGGGUGGUCGAGCAGUUGAGGCAAGUUCUGGACAAAACGGAGGUGACUCUGCACUUGGUGGAAGUGAGCUCCACAUUGAGCGAGGUGCAAGAGCAGGUGCUCAUCGGCACGACGCAAGAGCAGCAGUCGAACCUGGAUUCCCACGCGCAAGCGGAAUCUUCCACCUACAAACAACGCGUAACGAGGAGUGGAAUUCCAGUCUGCUGGCAUCGGAAUCUGCAAGAUGUGCCAGAAGGCUUCACUUUCUUUGUGGCACAUGAAUUCUUUGAUGCGUUGCCCAUCCAUACGUUCAAGAAAACGGAGCGCGGCUGGAGGGAGGUGAUGGUCGACAUUGAUCCAGAGUUGCCUUUUGGGUUGAGGUUUGUGAUGGCUCCGACUCCCAGCUUGGCCUCGAGUGCUCUUGUUCAGGCCGGGGAGGUGCGUGAGCACGUGGAAGUGUGUGCGGAGGCCGCGGUGCUCGUGACGAACCUGGCCGAGCGCGUGGCUGCACACGGCGGGGGGGCGCUCAUCGCCGAUUAUGGACACGAGGGCACUGGCACCGACACCUUCCGGGGCUUCCGUGGCCACAAACCACACCACGUGCUGUGCGCCCCGGGGUUGGCUGACCUGACGGCCGACGUCGACUUUGCAUACCUGCGUCGCGCGGCCGAGGGCCACGGGGUGACCUGCCUGGGGCCAAUCGCCCAGCGAGAUUUUCUUCAAAACAUGGGCAUCGACCUGCGCUUGAAGAUUCUGCUGCGAAACGCGGGUGACGCCGACACUCGCCGGCGAUUGCUGGCCGGCUACGAGAUGCUGAUGAGCCCAGAGAAGAUGGGCAUGCGAUUCAAGUUCUUCUCCUUAGUUCCGAGUGCACGAUUGUCACCCGGCCCGACUCGGGAACCUACAAAGAGCCCAGCGCCACCACCCGUGCCAGGUUUCAGUGAACUCGUCAUGAAAUGACCUACAAAAGUCCUGUUUGCAUUUGCACAUCUUCUGUAACUCUACCGUGUUUUACAACUCGCCCACCACUGGAUGGAGGCCUCCGUAUGCCUUUCACUUAUGGAGGUUUGGCACUUAUUCGUAGCUGGGCGGUGGUGGUGUAUGUCUGUAAUCCUAGACUGUAGAGGUGAGUGUUCGUGGAUCACACAAACGUUGUGAAACUCCCUUGUGGUCUCCCACAUAUUUAAAUCUGGACCCCACCUAUUCAGGCUGUAAGGGAUAGCGUGUUGCCACCUUACAUCCGGUUGCUCUGGUUUUCUCCCACAUGUAAAGACUGAUUAAUUAACUGAAAAAAUGUAACAUAUGGAGAACCGCAGAGCUCGGGCAAUUGUUGGCACUGGCUGGGCACGUGGCUGCCUUACUCAUCACUGAUAUUAGGCAUGGCUGGGAAUCAAACUCGGGUCGCCGAGUAAAUAGCGUAACGCGCGAAUGACUGCACCACCACUUGACUCAGACUUCCAUUUAUGUGAACCCAUCAAAUAGAGUACAACUAUAACAUUCUAAAAUGUACAAUGCAAAUGUAAAGGAGUGGAAGGUCACUUCCAAAGAUUAUCAUAAGUUGCACUGCUCUGUUAUUUAUUUGGGUGUUUGAUAACGAGAACACAAAAAACCCACUUUUAAAACCACUCGCCAACUGACGUGUUCUUCUGAUUUGUUCAAACGCAGUGGGUUUUAAGUUUCAAGCAGCGCACAAUCAUGUGUCCAAAGCACAAGCCUCUGUGCAUUUGGCAGAAAUAUUCAGCAUUUCUAGAAGAAGUGCAUUGUGGUCCUCUUGCCUUAGGUCACCAUGGAAAUAAAUUUGAGUAAAUGUGACCGACUGCAAGGCAGCAGUGAACAGAGUUGGACCACUUUGGACCUGGUUACCUCCAUACGACUGUUCGGGGAAGUCUGUGUUCCAACCUGUGCUCUUAUUCUCUUAUAUGAUGGGAUUUUCUCAUCAUGUACAGAUUUGAUUCAUGUCACACUUGCAUAACUUUUACCGAGGCCUCCGUUUCACGUAACUUGCAGCCUCAAAAUUUUAAACGUGAACUCUGGAGAAACGUAAGAAAUAAACGAGUAACAAUAAAUACUGAUCGUGUUUGUUUAUGUGUUUGGUAGAAGAGGACUUGGAUAGAGAUAUUGAUUAAAUUGAAGCUGGAAUUGGCAUGGACUUCAUUCCUAAAUUGGCAGCAACACAGGCAACAAAAUACAGCUUAGUCUAAUCUGUUUAAACUGCAAAGAGCUCAUUAUUAUAAUUCUAUACAACUUGUGCUAUAUAUCGGUUGUUGUGCUUCUGGUACAACUGCAUGUCAAUUCAAUGUGAUUACAACAAUGGUAUCGGGAAAACGUACACAAUUCAGGGCCAGUCUUUGUUGUACAUGAUGUUUGAAAUGUAAUUCUUUGACUUUUUAGACAGUUGUGUACAUGCAUGUGACUACGUCACGUGGCGAGGUUGGAAUUGUUUACAGAGAACCUACGGGUACAAUCCUGAUGUUAGGCCCAACGUAUUGCCAUGUGUAGAUAAACGCCACGGCGAUAAUCGUUAAUUUAAAAAAUUCCUGAGUACAUUGAGUUCUUGUGGAUGCCUGCCUGGAUAACCAUUCUAUGUUACUCUAUCACACCACUUUUUGUGAGGGGUGUCAACGGUUUACCCUCCCUCCCAGCAACAUGGGGAAUUGUCGCAGUUCAACGUCAUAAUUUGAUGGACGAAUUCAAUGUUUUGCUUUCUCGCUUGUUUUGGUCCUCAUUUCGUUUUGUCUCGUGUGUUCAUGUCGCUUUCAUGAGCCCAUUUGUAGCGGCAGGACAUCCGCACACAAUUUUCAAGUAUCGUAAACGAUCAAUUCUUGCGCGCGCGAUUUGAUGCCGUGUACCGUGAGCCUUCACGAACCGCGUUGACCCUGCAAUGGGAAAGCAUGGUAAUACAAUCCCCAUGGCCAGCACGGCAUGGGGAGGGAGCCCGAUAUACAGCCCCGAAUUGACGAAGCUUUGAAAAAAAUUGCGAGCCUUAAGAACUGAUAUCAUUUGACGAAUCCACGCAUCACCACGCCCUCUGCUUUACACUGAUCAGUGUAACAACCAUUCACCAAGUUAUCCUGCAGGUGGCACCAAGCCAAAGCCCUUUCUGUAGGGAGAAAAUGUCAAAAGCACAUUCAGCCUUGAUUUGCAAUGGCACUGCAAGCUUUAUUAUUUUUCUUACUGGCAUCUCACACAUGAGUUUCAAAUGGCAGUAUCCAGUUCAGCAGAGGUAUGUUGUUAAACAAGCAUCGUAAUUAAUCUCAACAGUGGUAUUGCAUGAUUUUCUUAUAAGUGUAACAAAUAAGAAAAAACAGGAACAACUUAGCAAAGUCAAAACCUGUAGUUCGGAUGCAUCUUGUCCCACUCACCGAUGUUGAAUAGCAUGACCCACUUUCAAACAUAUUGCUUGCUUAUCACAGUGGUCUUGCUGUGAGUGUGCAAUGUUUAGAAAGUAGGGCAGCCAUGAUCAAUACAGGUGAAAUCGUUAAUCUCAACAGGUGUUGCAUUAUCGUGUGAAAAGUUAAAAAGACAGCACGCGAAUCGCCGUUCGUGAAGUCAAAGCCCGUUUUAAGUGGCAGCUUGUCCAAUCCAACUCGUCGAUGCUCAAUAACGAUGACCUAGUUUUGAAACGUAUUUCUAGAUUUUAAAUGUGUGUUGCUGCACAACAGUGGGUAAUUCUAAGAAGAGGGACAUCUGUGAGCAAUCAUCCAGAAGUUAAAUGGUGUUGCCGUGGAGAUUCGUGUUUGGUAUCGGACACGUUCAAGAUUAUGGACCACACACUCAAUUAUUUAAAAUUCAUUAAAGACAGACACGUAAUUGAGAUUUUUUUCGAUAGAUUAUUUUUAAUGUAUUUUAAGUUCAAAUGUGGAAUGCUUUCAUCUCUGUCCAAAUUAAUGCAUUGGUCGUUAAACUCUGUCCGUGUCUUCAGAUCCAAUUUCUGUGGUUCCAUUGUAACACAGGCGUGCACUGUCAGACUGAAACAACCUCUCUCGUGAUCCAAUAUAUUAUUGCGAUUCUGGGUCACGUGUUUUAUCCAAGACAUGCUUCAUUUUUGUCAAUGUUGUGAUCGUUAAUGGUUGGAAAGUAUCACGUGAACCUAUUACACGUGGCAUUAAUCAUAAUCAUUGUUUUUCACACAAUCAAUUUGAUGCAUGUAUCGUACAUGUAAGCACUGAUUCAAUAAUAAUUGUAUUGUGAAUUAUUGGCUUGUGUGUGAAAAAACAAAACAUGGAAAUUGGUGUGUAAAUUAUUUGGUCAUGCUGCGUUGCCAUUGUGGUACACAAACCUGAAUAAAAGCAACAACAAAAAACUCAACACAUUCGUUAAUAACACUGUGGCCUUCAAAUGAAAGAUGUCGGUGACAUUUCAGGAAAUAGUUCUUCAUAUAACAUAAAAUAAUUUAACCAUACGAUGUUUUAAAAAAAGUUUUGCUGGCUGGCUGGCUGGCUUCCUGGAUGGCUGGCGCGUUGAGCCGGGUUCGUGCGUCGCGCUGAUGUCACACAUCAUUCCCUCCACCCCAGCCGUGGUUCUCGGGCCACUGCCCGAUAAGUUGACUUAUAUUUAAUUUAAAGGCAGUAUUGUUGACGAUUGUGUUGAGUUUUUGUUGACAUGAGAAUUAGGUUCUCGGUGGUUGUUGCGUCACAGGUGGUGGCGGCUUGGGGAGGCUUUCAUCCAGCAGUGGAUUGACCAUGGCCGAUGAUCAUGAUGGGCACGAGAAUCAGAUGUGGGAUCAAUUUGUAACCACUAGGCUCAGUGCAUGUUUUAGAAUGGUGGAACAGCUAUUGUGUUUUUUUAACUGUCACCUUCGUAAAUAUCAGAUAUUUGUCAUGUUUAAAAGAAAAUGUGUUUGUUGUUUUCAAGUUUAUACGUUGCGCCGUUUGUUUAUAGCUUUGACUCUUGCAUUAUUUUGACAACAGAUAUGCUGCGGCAUAAAUGCAGAGGGUAAAUCUUGAUAGCUAUGAAAUAUAAUAUUAAAAAUAGAGCAAAAGCCUUAACGUUCGUAUAACUACAUUCUAGAAAACUGCAAGGUUGACAUUGCAAGUUUAUAUUUAAAAAAAUAUUAAAAGGAUACCUGAUUAUUUCAUCUGCAGUACCCCAAUAGUGGCAUGAAUUGCCAGAUACAAAAUUUAUUUCUUCUGUGUAAACUGAUAAGAAUAUAUCUAAAAUCCUGACAAUCGUUAUCUCACUUAAAAUUGAUCUUUUCAGCCUUCCUGAUAUCGUUAUAUAUAUAAAAACACUUUCAUAGGACAAUAAAUAUAACAAUGGCAGUUGUCAAAUAACAUACGAGAACAACGCCCUUCACUUACCCAGGGAACAAACUCGACUGAGUCUCAAGACGGUCCUCUUUGGGAUGUUUGACCAAUUCUGCUUUUCGAAUUUUUAGUUUUUGAAAGAAAACCAGAGCACGUACCCAACAAGAAAUAACAACGCACGCAUAAAAGGGGUCAUCAUCACUCAAACCUGCCAUUGAUUUAGAGGUCACCAACUCACAGGUCUCCCUCGCUAUACGCGGGUUCAGUUUGUGCAAUUUCGCGUAUAUGCGGAUAACCUAUUUCUACCAAUUAUGUACGGAUGUUUGAUUUAUUCAUGAUUAUUGUUAUUCUUGAAGCCAAUGAACAUGAGUCACAGAGGGGAUACAUUCCGCGUGUCCACAACAAUCCUUGGUCCAGCCGCAACGUCCGAGUAAUCCUCCCCGCAAAUGGGAGCCGAUUAAAGUUACCCGGCUUCGCUUCACGACGCGACAACGGUAGAGGGAUAAUGGUCAGGAGCAGUCGGUUAACCAGGGAAACGCGUGCAUGUAACCAACCGUGCUAUACUCUUAGUUCUUUCGGUAAAGUCACGUAGGUAAAAAAUGAAAUUAAAAU